AUGGCGUAUGACUCAGAUUCUGAUGAUAUGUUCGUAAUGCUGGACGGCGAGGGUCGCAUCUUCGGCUGCGGCGAUGGCAUGGACUACUCGUUCAGGGUCGAGGCUGAUUUCCCAACGCCGCCGCCGUCGACGAACUCCGUCGCGGACGAACAGACCACGAUCGAUGAUCUCAUCAGAGAAUGCCUUACCUGCGAUAUGAUGACAGAAUGCACGCUUUGGCUCGGCGCGGAAGACAUGGAAGCGCCUAAUUGUGCGCUUGAACAGCUGGCUGCCGCGAUCUUCAAGCACCACACCAAAUCUUGUGAUGACUUUGACCCCGAGUCGUCAGGUGUCGAGUGGUGGAUCCAGUCGCGCGAUCCGGGGACCAACCAAGGAUUGACGCUCCACUGGGAUAAGGACGAAAAUCUGAGGAUCCAUCAUGGACUAUAUGCCCAUCCUCAACUCUCAACGGUGACUUACUUGACCGAAGGGGCGCCCACAGUCAUCUUUGAUGGACUCACAGUCCCCGCGAUAGCCAGGCACGGCAACGGCACGCCCACGGGUCUCUCGCCAUCGCCAGAGUGUACUGGCGUGUACGUGAGUUACCCUAAGCCCGGUAAGCACAUAGCGUUCGACGGUAGGCUUCUGCACGGCGUGUUAAAUGACUUGUCGCCAGAAUCAUCGAAGGACGCUAGGCGCGUGACUUUCCUGGCCAACGUCUGGUUGAACCACAUGCCGAAGGGUGUGAGGCGAUUGCCGCUCGAUGCUGCCACAGGUUUUGGUCUAAUGAAGCCGACGACAUUUCUUGCCGCGAAGGCUGCCCCAAAACCACGAGAGGUGACCAAGAAGAUUGCACCGAUGGGCGGCAACGACCUCUUCGAUUUUGGAUGCUUUGGGUGGAACGGGGAUGACUUCAAGCUGAGUUCUAAGCUCCCAAAGUCCUCGUUAUCGGACAGCGGAAGCGGAACGCUUCUCGUGGAGUGCUCGGGCAUACAGGUGGUGGAGAAUGAGAAGCAAGGUGGGGAGCAGAAGAGCGCGAAGAGGCAACGUGUUGAGUGA